AUAUAUGCGUAUUGCAGGCCGUGACUGCCUCAUUUACAAUGAGUGCCUUAGUCACUGGUUGCUAGGGAUCCACAGCCGAACGCUUCACCAACUUUGACCAAUCUGGACAGCGUUACGCAGCUCCAUUAUGAAAACCAAUUAUAUCUCGUGUCUUAUUAUUCAUCACACAAUCUGGCACAAUGUUGGUGAUAGAAAAUAUUUCAUUGAUCCUACCCGUAGCCUCGGGACCUUUUUGGCGUCAAAGAUCAUUUCUGUUAUACUCCGAGCCCAGAUGCAAAGACAAUUGACUAUUAACACAUGUAAUUUAAUUGCUACAAAACCACUGGGAAGAGCUAUAUAAGUUGACUGGAAUCCGGUUGUUGUGUACAUAACAGUAGGAUAACACAAUCACCUCUCAUCAGCAAAACUAUACGAUUUCGAAUCGUACUAUACAAUGUCGGAGAUCUAUAAAGAGAACCUUUUCAUCACCCUGCAGUUUCUUCGCAAUGUCAACGGGCAAAAUAAAUAUCACUGGGGCCUAUUCCUUAGCGGAAGCUCACCCCCAGCAGGAAUUCUCAUGCAUGCCACCGAUACCAACAGAGCAGCCUUGGAUCUCUACCUCGAGGAGCGCCGGGUUUCUAACCCUCUCAGAUCCGGCACUAUGGUUGUAGUCCUCAAGAUCGCGGAUGCGCCUAGUCUAGACACUCUCCGGAAGUGUGCUUCAUCUAUCCACCUGAUGGAUCCUCGUUACCUCCCUCGAGGAGAGGAUAGGUGGACCUGCCGCGUCUGGGUCAAAGAGAUGCUCAAGUCCUUACACAAACACCGCUGUAUCUCUCUUCCCGCGGAUGUUGACGUAAUUGAACAGUAUUGCCAAUAUAUGGCCGACAGCCACCUCCAGUACAAGGGCGAUGCAAGGGUAUUCAAUGAUCUGAAUUGGGUACGUGCGGGUAGCUCGAGUAGCUCUAGUAAAGCUACAUUAUCAGAAGCCGACGCCAGAGGUGGCGGCCGUUAUUACGGACCAUCUCCUAUGAAUAUUGAUUCAACUGGUGGGCGAUAUUAUGGAUCAUCGCCUAUGGUGAUUGAUUCGACCACCAAGCGCUAUUACGGCCCUAGCCCUAUGGAUACUAGAACAUGAUACUACUGAUGUACCCCUAUAUGUAUUUAUAUGUCGAAGACGCUGGCGUUUUGUUGUAUUGAUACUAAAUAUUGGAGUGAGCUCGAAGAUGGGCGGUUUAUUUUGCUUUGGGGAGUGAGGAGCGCUCAUUGACUUAUACAGAUACUGUGUAUCUAAGCAUUCGUUAUUGUCAGGAUUGGUUGCCCUAGUGAGGUGAAUCAUGCAUAGAGUGAGUGUACAGGGUAGUAGACCAAGUAGUGAUUGUAUUGAACUUAGUAACGCCUGGCCUUCUAACCUCUGACGAGGGCGC